CGUGGGGAGUCCGCUUCCACCCGGGACAAGAGACCGCGGUGAAGCAGCUCUCCUCCUACGAGAUCGUCACACCUGUCCGAGUGAACGAGUUCGGGGAGGAGUUCCCUCCCGCCCGUCACUUCAGCCGGAGGAAGAGGAGCCCGGAGGCGCCGCCGGAGCCCGCGGCGUUCCGAGCGCACUACCAGCUCCGCGCCUACGGGCAGGUCUUCCAGCUCAACCUGAGCGCCGACGCGGGCUUCUUGGCUGCGGAGUACCGGGUGCUGCACCUCGGGGCCCGGCAGGCGCAGCCCUCCCCCGACCUGCGGCACUGCUUCUACCGCGGGCAUGUCAACGCCCAGGAGGCGCACAUGGCGGUCUUCAGCAUCUGCGGUGGCUUGAUGGGCACCUUUAAAGCAAACGAUGGUGAAUAUUUUUUAGAACCUCUGAUGAAAGCGGAUGGCGGUGAACAUGAAGAUGAGCAUAACAAACCACAUCUUAUAUACAGGCAUGAAGAGCUUAAAAAAAAGUUUCAGAAAUCCCAUAAACCUUGUGAAGUUUCAGAAAAAGAGUUGAAGAAGAGCACUUUACUACAUCCAACCUUCAGCAGCUUAACUGAAGAGAGUAAUGUGUUACAGAAGUCUCUCAGUUUAAAAUAUGCUUUAAAUAACCUAUCUAUAGAGGAUGGUGGCAACCCACAUUCCAGGAAAAAACGUUUUCUUUCCUAUCCAAGAUAUGUAGAAGUGAUGGUUACAGCUGAUACCAAAAUGGUUCGUCACCAUGGGCAGAAUUUACAGCACUACGUACUAACACUGAUGUCAAUAGUUGCAGCAAUCUAUAAAGAUUCAAGUAUUGGAAAUCUUAUAAAUAUAGUUAUUGUAAAAUUAAUUGUAAUUCACAAUGAACAGGAAGGACCUGCUAUCACUUUUAAUGCAGCUACCACUCUUCGUAAUUUUUGCUUAUGGCAGCAAGCACAAAACACUUUGGAUGAUGCUCACCCUUCCCAUCAUGAUACUGCUGUUCUUAUCACUAGUGUUCACGUUGGACUCACUCCAGCACUUCAAACUGUUUGGGAAGAUAUCUGCAGAGCUAGAGAGAAGUGUGAUACUCUUGGUUUAGCAGAGCUGGGUACAAUGUGUGACCCACUGCGCAGCUGUUCUAUAAGCGAAGAAAAUGGAUUGAGUGCUGCUUUUACCAUAGCGCAUGAGCUUGGACACGUAUUUAAUGUGCCUCAUGAUGACAGUUUUAAAUGUAAAGAAGCUGGAAUUAAACAUCAGUACCAUGUGAUGGCUCCAACUUUAAAUUACCAUACAAGCCCAUGGACCUGGUCAAAAUGCAGUCAAAAAUAUAUCACUGAAUUUCUUGACACCGGUUAUGGUGAAUGUCUCCUAGACAAACCUAGUGGAAGAAUAUAUGAUCUUUCCUCUCAGCUGCCUGGGUCAAUGUAUGACGUCAACAAGCAGUGUGAACUUAUGUUUGGUCUUGGCUCGCAAGUGUGCCCAUAUCUGAAACAAUGCAAACGCUUGUGGUGCACAAGCACUGAAGGUGUUCACAAGGGUUGUCGUACUCAGCACAUGCCUUUGGCUGAUGGAACAGCUUGUGGUGUGGGAAUGCAUUGCCGCCAUGGAAUUUGUGUGAGCAGAGAAAUGGAGACACGUCCUGUAGAUGGAGAAUGGGGACCGUGGGGGCCUUAUAGCUCAUGUUCAAGAACUUGUGGAGGCGGAAUCAAGAGCACUACCAGGCUGUGCAAUAGACCAGAACCAAGAAAUGGAGGAAAGUACUGUGUUGGUCGCAGGAUGAAAUUUCGAUCAUGUAAUACUGAUUCAUGUCCAAAAGGCAACAAAGAUUUCCGGGAGCAACAGUGCUCUGAAUUUGAUGGCAAACACUUUAAUAUCAAUGGUCUUACAUCUGCUGUUCGCUGGCUUCCAAAAUACAGUGGUAUUGCUAUGAAAGAUCGCUGUAAACUUUUUUGCCGAGUUUCUGGAACAACUUCCUACUAUCAGCUGAAGGACAGAGUUGCUGAUGGUACUCCCUGUGGAGCAGAAACCAAUGACCUUUGUGUUCAAGGCUUAUGCAGGCAAGCAGGCUGUGAUCAUGUUUUGAAUUCCAAGGCAAGGAGAGACAAAUGUGGUAUCUGUGGUGGUGAUAAUUCUUCAUGUAAGACUCUUGCAGGUACUUUCAACAGUGCUCGUUAUGGUUACAAUGUUGUAGUAAAUAUUCCCAAAGGAGCAACAAACAUUGAUAUUCGUCAGCACAGCUACUCGGGGAAACCUGAAGAUGACAACUACCUUGGUAAAAGCCUCCUGUGUAUAACACUGAUGGAUAGUUUUUGUGCUCUUGCCAGAGCUUUAUCUGAUAUUCAUGGAAAUUUUAUCUUGAAUGGAAAUUUUGUUGUAAGCAUGUCAAAAAGAGAAAUCAAUAUUCAAGGAGCCAUUUUUGAGUACAGUGGUUCAAACAAUACGAUAGAGCGAAUUAACAGCACUGAUAGAAUCGAAGAAGAGCUAACCUUACAGGUUUUGUGUGUAGGGAAUUUAUACAACCCUGAUGUGCGUUAUUCAUUCAAUAUCCCAAUAGAGGAGAGAAGUGAUCUGUUUACAUGGGAUCCUUAUGGACCCUGGCAAGACUGCAGCAGGAUGUGUCAAGGCAUUCGAAGAAGAAGAAUGACAUGCAUACGAAAAAGUGAUCACGUGGUAGUGUCUGAUCAAAGAUGUGAACAUAUACCCACUGUACCAGAUGUCUUUGAGGAGUGUAAUACAGAGUGUGAAUUAAGGUGGCACAAUGUUGGCAAAAGCGACUGCACAUCCAAGUGUGGCCCAGGGUAUCGGUCUAUAGAGAUCCACUGCAUGAAGUACUCUGUUUCAAAAGGACUCAGUGCCCCAGUGGAUGAUAAGUACUGUGCUCACCAGCAGAAACCACCCACCAGAGAGCCCUGCCACGGUGACUGCAUGUUAACAAGCUGGCACUACACAGAGUGGUCAGAGUGUUCCAGGAGCUGUGAAAGAGGUGUCAGAACAAGAGAAGCUUUUUGUAUGAACAAUUUGCGUCGUCAUCUUCCUGACAAAGAAUGCCAGCAACUUCCAAGAGUUGUAACACAGAGUUGUAAUGAAUUCUUAUGUCCAAGCUGGUCUGCUAGUGAGUGGAGCGAGUGUCCUGUGACAUGUGGCAAAGGAAUGAAGCAUCGUCAAGUAUGGUGCCAACUUAAUGAUGAACAACUGAGAGAUGAUUUCUGUAAUCCAAAUGAUAGACCAGAAUCAAUAACACCAUGUGAACUUCACGAAUGUGCAUCUUGGCAAGUAGGGCCUUGGGGAUCAUGUACUGUAACGUGUGGACGUGGAUACCAGAUGCGUGCAGUCAAGUGUGUUACUGGGACGUACAGAGUUAUUUUGGAUGACGACAGGGAAUGUAAUGCUGCUACUCGUCCUAGAGAUAACCAAGAAUGUGAAUUGCCCCCUUGUCCAGAAAAUACAAAAUUAUGGACUACAUCGCUUCCUCUAGUUCAUGUGGGGAAGGUGACCCAAUGGAGAUAUGGAUCGUGGACCCCAUGUUCUGCAUCCUGUGGGAAGGGUGAUCGUGCUCGCUAUGUGAGUUGUAGAGAUGCUCAUGGAGGAAUAGCAGAUGAAUCUUUCUGUGCUCAUUUACCUCGACCAGCUGAAAUUUCAAGCUGCUUUAGCCCGUGUGGAGAGUGGCAAGUUGGAAAUUGGUCCCCUUGCACAGUUACGUGUGAUAGUGGAAUAGUAACAAGACAAGUUAUCUGUGUCAACUAUCAUCAACAAAUCAACGAGAAUUACUGUGAUCCUGAAGGCCGACCUCCCAAAGAACAAGAAUGUAACAUGCCACCUUGCCCACCGGUUUAUCAUCAUAUUCCCAAAACACAUGACCAUCCAAGCCAUCUUCCAGAAAUAGGCUACCUUCCAAUACACCAUCCACAAGACAAUAUAAACCAGUGGAACCAGCCCUCUGUGGGAGGAUAUCAAUGGAGAACUGGACCCUGGGGAGCAUGCUCUAGUACUUGUGCAGGUGGAUUUCACCGUCGAGUUGUAGUAUGUCAAGAUGAGGAAGGAAGAAGUGCUAGUUAUUGUGAUGAGGCAACAAAACCUCCAGAGUCAAGACACUGUGAUUCUGGACCCUGCCCACGGUGGAACUAUGGGAACUGGGGAGAAUGUACUCAAACUUGUGGAGACGGAAUAAAGACAAGACUGGUGAUUUGUCAGCUUCCUACUGGCCAAAUGUUGGGUGAUCAAAACUGUGAAAUUCUAGACAAGCCGCCUAACAUGGCACAAUGUAAUGUGCAUUCGUGCCCUGGUGAUGUUUCAUGGCAUCGGGGACCGUGGAAAUCGUGUUCUGUUUCCUGUGGAAAAGGUUUGAAGUUUCGUGAUGUGCAUUGUUUUAAUAGCUUCCAAGCUAAAAUAGAGGAAGGAAACUGCAGACAUUUGAAAAAACCACGGACGUACAAAAUAUGUAGAGCUGGAAGAUGUCCUGCUUGGAAGGCCAGCAGAUGGAAAGAGUGUUCUGUAUCCUGUGGAGUGGGGAUUCAGGAAAGGGACAUCUACUGUCAGCUGAAGGGCCUGGGUCAAGUGAGUGAAGCGAUGUGCAAUCGUGAUACCCGGCCUGCUAGCAAGAGGCAUUGCUGGCUGCCUGCCUGCCUGCAGCACCGGUGGUCGGCAGAUGAAUGGGAAGAUUGCUCAGCAUCUCAUAGAAGAAAGGAAAUAUACCGGAAAGUUAAGUGUGUGGAUGAAAAACAGCUGGAAGUGGAUGAAAGUUUCUGUGAUCCUGCAACAAAGCCUCCAUCAACCAAAACCUGCAGGAUAGCUCCCUCUAAAUAUGUUGUGUUCUCAGGAGAUCUGUCACAGUGCUCAGCCAGCUGUGGGUUUGGUUACCAGCAGAGGAUCACGUACUGUGUUGGAAUCCAUUCUGUGCCAAAUCAGCGCGCCCGUGGCCUUCGAACUGUGGCGUACCCAGAAUGCCCCGUAGAGCCAUCCCCGUACAUUUAUAGAUGUAAUAUCAAAGGGUGUUCACAACCAGCCACCUGGAGGGUGGGGAAGUGGACCAUGUGCUCGGUGUCCUGCGGAGUGGGGGUGAAGGAGAGAACCGUAGAAUGCGUGACUGAAAGUGGCUCCUCCAGCGACUUGUGCCUGCCACGCUUAAAACCAGAUGCCAGAAAGAUCUGCCGUGAGGAAGAGUGUGAAAUUUUUACCACCUGCAAAGAUAUCCAGAUUAAAAAAGGGAUUAGAAAGGAUGGUGAAUACCUACUUAACAUUAAGGGAAGGAUGAUAAAGAUUUAUUGCUCAGGCAUGCACUUAGAGAAUCCCAAAGAAUAUUUGACACUGGUAAAAAGUGAAGCAGACAACUUUUCUGAAGUAUAUGGAUUGAGGUUGCAGAAUCCAUAUGAAUGUCCUUUCAAUGGAAGCAGAAGGCAAGACUGUGCCUGUCGAAAUGAUUACCUUGCAGCUGGUUUCACGGUUUUUAGCAAAAUAAGAUUUGAUGUAGCCUCCAUGCAAAUUCAAACCACAGAUUUUCUUUUUGCUCAGACUAUACUUGGGAGAGCGGUUCCAUUUGCUACAGCUGGAGAUUGCUACAGUGCUGCCAGAUGUCCACAGGGUCAAUUCAGCAUUAAUUUGGCUGGUACAGGUCUGAGAUUGUCCAGUACAGUGAGGUGGAUUGCUCAGGGCAACUAUGCAACUGCUGACAUACACAAAUCCCACGAUGGUACUAAAGUAUAUGGAAGAUGUGGAGGAUUUUGUGGAAAAUGUAUUCCUAACACAAUUAUUGGUCUCCAACUUCAAAUAUGAGAACUCUGAUGUGGUAAGAGCAUCCAAGCAGGAACAUCUGUCCUUUAGGUGUAAAUUGUAGGUGCUGUGUAAAUAUAUAUUUUAACUGUUUCAUCUCUGUAAUGCUUAUCACUGUAAUGCUCACUACUAAGAAUUCCUGGUUUGUUUGGUGUUUAUCCAGGGAUGUAUUAUCUGUUUGUGGGCUAGCAAGUGCAUAAUUCACAAUCAUAAGCCUUCAGGUUUUAAUGGAGAGGCAUUAAUUCAAUGUACAGUAUAUAUUAGCAAGUAAAUUGCACUGAGGUUACUACCAUGGGUAACGCUCUAAACUGUGCCAUAAUUGUAAUACUUUACCUGCAACUAAUCAGUGCAAUUCUUUAUGCAGUAUUUGGUAAAAUUUAUACUCUUCUGGCUUUCUUGAUCAACUCUGCUAAAAUAUAGAAAGGGAAGACUUAUUGCUCUAUAGAGAAGACAGGUAAUAAUUUCAAAUACUUCCAAUUUUGUGAAGCCUUUUAGGAAUUAUCUGUCAAAAACUUACAGCAGAAAAUAUAUAACCAACAUACUUGAGAUACUUUCUACAGAUCUGUGUGUUUCUCUGUCAGUAAAAGCAUUUUUCCCCAUCCCUUUCAUUAUAUUUUUUGUGGUGCUCAAAUGCUAGCAAUAAUCCAGAGAUGUGUGGUUUAACCUCUGUAGUCUCUGUAGCACAUGUUAAACAUCUAGGCUUAAUUUUGUUGUGGUUACAGGAAAAAAAAUUGCUUGGAAAUCUGAUUUUAAAUCCCUGUCUCUCAUCCAAGUUUACUGCAAAAAGCAGUGUGCUCUCUUCACCAUAGCAUCUUGUACAUGACCAUAUGACUAUAUAUUUACUUAAACAUUUUCCAUAUAUGCCUUACUCCUUUAUACUGGCCAAUGGCAUAUUAGUGAAGUGUGUGUCCCUCAUAUUCCAAUUCAACACAAUUUUCAACAACCUUAGUGAAAACCCUGGGCAGAGGCAGCAUCAAGCCCCACAGUGGUUUUGGUGUCCAUCUUUGACUCAGUUUAAUUUUUCAGUGUUUGUAAAUACAGGUUUAACAUCUGCUAGUUAAAAAUAUUUCUUCCAGAAAAGAAACUGUAUGAAACAGCUGCAAGGUUUAAAAACCAAUUUAGCUCUUUGAUUUGUUGUUCUCUAUUACUUUACAGUCCAGAACUGCAGAUAUGUAUGCAUAUAAAGAUAAUGUGUUUCAGGGCCAAUUCUCAGGUAUUCAGAAUAAAAUUUUCUACAUGCAUAAUAGCAUACAUUAGGUACCAGAUAACUAUGCAUGCUUUUUCUGACAAUAUGCAGUUUGUAAACCAAAUAUUUGUUUUGCAUGCCAGUAAAAUUGGUAGAUCAAAUGGCAGCUAUAUCGUAUUUUUACCCACAAAGAGUUAGCCAUGAAUUAGCAAUAUGUAUUAAUUAAAAACAAUACUGUACCACAGAAGUGUAAGCAGCUACUUUUUAGAUAACACAUGUAGGUAAUUAUUUUGUGAUCUCUGCAUCAGAAAUGUAUUUUUGCACUAUGUGCCUUAUAUUUGUUGUAAACAUUAAUAAGAAUAUAAAGCAUUAUUUUCCUAGAAAUGUUUACAUUUAUAAUUAAAAUCUUGUAAUUUAUAAAAUAUUUAUAUAAUAAAUAUGCUUGUGUGAAUGGUA